UUAGAAAGAAACCGACCACCACCUAAACUCUCAAGUCUGUUGAGGGGUUUUUGUCGCAUAAGACUCUUUGCUUGCUUACUCCAUUGACGUUCCACUUCCACCUCUUCUCUCUCUCUCUCUCUCUCAACCAACUCUACCUUUUGCAUUUUUAAUUUUUCUUUUUCUGAUUCUUUUCCCUUUCAAAUCCUAAUUUAUGAAUCCUGACUCCAUAGCUUAACCAUGAAAAAAUCAGCUUCAAAAGGUGUGGAAAAUAGCGGGUUUGACAACAGACAGAUAGAUUGGGAGCUUAGGCCUGGUGGGAUGCUGGUUCAAAAGAGAGACACAGAGGGUGACCCUUCUGGCCCUAUGAUCAAGAUCAAGAUCUCUCACGGUUCCUAUCACUAUGAAAUCACAGUCCCUGCUCAAUCCACUUUUGGGGAUUUGAAAAAUGUUCUUGUCCAUGAGACUGGUCUGGAGCCUAAGGAGCAGAGAUUGUUGUUUAGAGGCAAAGAAAAAGAGGACAAUGAAUGUUUGCAUAUGGUAGGAGUAAAAGACAUGUCAAAAGUGAUACUACUGGAGGACCCUGCUUGCAAAGAGAGGAAGCUUGAGGAGAUGAAGAGGAAUCAAGGAAUGUUAAAAGCCUAUGAGGAAGUUGCCAAAGUAAGAGCAGAGGUUGAUAAACUAUCUCAGAAGGUUCUCACUUUGGAGACAACUGUUCGGAAUGGCACCCAUGUUGCAGACAAGGAGUUUUCCGUCUUGAUAGAGUUGCUUAUGGUGCAGUUGCUCAAAUUGGAUACCAUUGAGGCUAAUGGAGAAGCAAAGGUACAGAGGCGGAACGAGGUUCGUCGUGUCCAGAACUUUGUGGACACACUUGACAAUCUAAAAGCAAGAAAUUCUAACCCCUUCAGCAAUGGUAGUAAUGCGGUAUCAGUGAGUACUAAAUGGCAGACAUUUGAGUCUGGAGUUGGAAGCCUGAGUGCCCCAGUCCCAGUACAAUCUGGCACAAAAAUAACUCAGGACUGGGAGCUGUUUGACUAGCUCUUCGCCUUGUCUUCCUUCAAAGGGUUGGAUCUGUAAAAUUCACAAAGCAACAUGUAUAUUGCAGCAGGACUUGGAAAAGUAUAUUUUUCCACCUUCAUCUUUGUGAAUUUGUUUUGCAUAGCAACUGGGGAAGAGAAUUGCUCAAAACUGCUAUAUAUGGUAUGUACAUAUUUUGGUGAAUGUGAUAGUUUUCUUCCUGUGA